AUGUAGUUCUCUGUGCGGGCCGGCCGAUCACUUCCUCCACAAUGGACCGGCAGGAUUUCUUUUUCUUCUUUUUACCCUUUUUUUAUCCUUUUCUUGUUUACACUUCGCGCUAGCACCCCAUGGGGUCCAGUCCGGUGUGCAGAUGGUUACUCGAUCUUCUCUGAUCAAGGUCCAGAUGCCAGCAAACAAAGUCUUGGCAAGGGCACAGCGUUUUCAUUUUGUUUCAGAUCUCUUGCUUUGGUCUCCACCUAGCCCUUUAAAGUCUUUGUUACCCAGGAGGCUACUGCGAUUCAUCGUACUCAUCAGUUUACCCGCAAUCCACUGGAACCAACAACAAUCUCUCGACCGGAAAGGUUCAGUAUGGCAAAUGCACCCAAGCCCUCUCGGAGUGCGGGACGUGGUGCUACCAAAGCAAAGUCUCGUACUAGCAGAUCGCGUGCUGGUUCGCCUGGUUCUGUUCGGUCGACAGUCUCUACGUCCAAGGCGGACCGCAAUCCUCAGAGCCCUGUAGCGAAGCUACACAAAGACCUGGGACAUUCUAUGACGAAAACCGCCCGGAGGCAAGAGCAUGAGGCGACACAUCGACAAUGUUUGGAUGUGAUGGACCAGAUUCAAGAAGAGUUUGAACUAGCUCUUGGGAAAAUGGACCAUGAAAUAUCCCAUCAAUCUCAGUCGAUGCAGCGUCUACAAGCGGAAAAGGCCGAAGAGUCUUCGAAACUACAGCAAGCUCUCGCAGCAAAAGACAAAGCCUUGGAAGAAAACCAGAGGCUUGAAAGAGAACUCUGCCAUAUCAAGCAGCAGCUUGAGUCACUUGACGCCGCCACGCAGGAUCAGAUCUCAAGGAACGAUAUUCAGCCGGCCUUGCAUCAGACGCACUGUGAGCUGGUAUCGGCGACCACUCGGCUCUGGAACACGAUUGAUGCCCUUCAGAAUCGUAGACCGGCAUCCUGCCUUCCCGGCUCUGACGUAAUUUACGGAGCUUGGCCCGACCAGGACGGUCUUUAUGGGAAUUUGGGUCAGAAUGCCCUACCCGGGUUCUCCGCAUCGAGUAACGAUUACCCGCUUGUUACUCAGCCGGCGGCAACCCCAGCCAACCAGUAUGAAUCACUUGUGUGA